AUGUUUCAGUUUCUUCAACUCAGUCUGGUGCUUUGUGUGCCUUCGUUGAUGUUUAGUCAAGGUACGGGUUAUCCAACCUGGAUGGCUGUUACAAUGUUCGGGAUUCUUGGCGCAACCUAUUCUGGACUGGGUGUGUUGCAGAAAAUGACUAGUACCAACGUCUUACAGCUUCUAUUGGCCCUGGGUGCUGUGAGCGCCAUAAUCACAUUUGGUGUUCAAAGAGUCGGUGAUAUAGAAACUGUGAUCGACCGUUUGGGAAAAGCACGGCUUCUUCGCCUUCAUCCCUUAACCAGUACUUACGAGGAAGAGUAUACUUUCGUGAACAUGCUUGCGGGCGGUUUAUUCAUGAUGUUCAGUUACCUGGCCGUUACUCCCAUAGGAGUCGGACAAAUGGGUACCUGUCAUUCUCGGCUAGCAAUCAGAAGGUAA